ACCCACGUUCGGUAGCGACACGCGUUACCGUCUGGGAGGGAUUAUUUGAAACCCCCUAAACUUUUAGCAUAAAUACGGUCGGUGCAAUUCAAACAUCACUCAGUUCAUUCCAUUAACUUCAGUGUCUAGUAUCUCAACAGAACACACACUCACAAAAAUGGCCGCUAAGUUGAUCAUCUUCGCCGCUUGCGUGGCUUCUGCUCUCGCCCAAUACCCCGCCCCAGCUUACAAGCCCGCUUACUCGGCACCAGCUUACUCGGCACCAGCUUACUCCGCACCAAAGGCCUACGCUCCAGAACCCGCAUACGCCCCAGCCCCAUACAACUUCGAAUACAGCGUAAACGACCCACACACCUACGACGUCAAGAGCCAAUCCGAAUACGCCGACGGUAACGGUUACGUCAAAGGAUCUUACAGCCUUUUGGAAGCCGACGGUUCCACCCGCGUCGUCGAAUACACCGCCGAUGACUACAACGGUUUCAACGCCGAAGUCAAGAAAAUCGAAGGAGGAUACAAGGCCCCAUACAGCGCACCGGCCUACAAGCCCGCUUACCCAGCACCAGCUGCCUACCCAGCACCAGCUUACCCAGCACCGGCUUACAAACCAGCCCCGUACAAGCCAGCUUACGCUGCACCGGCCUACAAGCCCGCUCCAUACAAGGCAUACUAAUAACCUCAAUUCCUCCUCGUGAUGAGCACCACUUCCAGACUAUAUAACUCGUCACCGUCAGUGAAACCAACCAACACUCGACCGAGUAACACAUUAUCGUGUGUAUAUACAUUUCGCGUAUAUAAACAUGUAUUUUGUAAAUAAUUCAUACGACAUCAUAUUAUCAUCAUUAUUUAUAUUAUUUAUAUUAUAUUGAUCCGUCGUGAUACUAUGAUAUGAUAAA